ACUUUACAUCUACUCUCUGUUUCUCCAGGAACAUGGUGCCUGUGCCAUUCAUCAUCCUCUAUCUGAAGAAACUCGCAAAGAAGCGCUUGGGCGACCCGGAUAAUGGACCUCCUCUUCGAGCGGGCGCGACGGAAGGCUGCGCCCGUCGAGGAGUUCCAGUGGCUCGGGCUGAUGCUGUUUGUCGCCGUCCCGUUCCCAGGCACGGGAGCAUGGACCGGCGCCAUCAUCGCGUCCGUCCUGGGCAUGCCGUUUUGGUCAGGCUUGUCGGCGAACUUCGUGGGAGUCGUCCUCGCAGGGUUGCUGGUAAACUUGCUCAUGAACCUCGGCCUGAAGUACGCCAUUGGCACCGGGGUGCUUCUCUUCAUUGUAUCAACUGUCAUGUGGGGCGCCCUUCGGGGUGUGAAGAAAUCGUUGAAUACGAAAUGAUGCUCUAGCUGAAUGAAUCCACACUGAAAUGUUUUCGGUCCGUUAAGAGGAGUUUAUUUAUAAUAACCCUUGCGAGGCCUGUUUGAUCA